AUGUCUGUUGGCUCAGGCUUUAACGUGAACUAUCUACGUUCUCUUUCUAGAGUCUUUGCAUCCUUCACAAUUCCCUCCGGCAAAUGUCCAUCCCUCUCUUUCCCGAUACAACGGAUGCCCCCGAUCAGACUCCGCCCAACCAUCUUGCUUCUCUACUGCUUCAUGCUCCUCCACCACAUCACUUGUUCCGCCUCUCAGCACGUCUGCGCAUCGCCCCACAGAACUGCCAGGCCUCAGUUAUGGUCACAUCUGCAUCCAUCCACCCUGGCCGAAACAAAGCUAUCCGUCUUUCCAGUCGGGUCCAUUGAAAACCACGGUCCGCAUCUCCCCUUCGGCACAGACUUGUUGCUCGCCGAAGCCAUCACCCGAAAUGCCGUCCAGGGUAUCGACGGCGUCAGCGUCCUUCCAGCAACUCCUUUUGGGGCGAGCUUUGAGCAUGCAAACCUGCCUGGUACUAUCCCAAUACAGGAUGACACACUCAACGCGUUCUGGGGCGAUGUCAUAGCAGGGCUCGUGGCUUCCGGGUCGAAAAAAAUUAUCAUCGUCAAUGCGCAUGGCGGGCAGACCCAAAAUGUUGAAAUUACAAUCCGGCACGCCAGGUUUCGACAUAAUAGUCUCGUCGUGUCCUUCAACGCGCAACGGAUGCUUGCGCUAGCCUGGAGAAGAGUCGAAACACAAAAGGAAAAAUACCACGAUGAAAUGCCGUACGGCAUACAUGGUGGGUUUGUUGAAACCGCAGUCAUGAUGCACUUGUUCCCCGAUCUCGUCAAGACCAGCGAGACGAAAAACUUUCGCAGAAGACGCGAAUUCACAGGGGCCUUACAACCACACGGAGACAUCGUUUCCUUUGGAUGGCGUUCAGAGGAUAUCUCCACUUCCGGAGCGCUUGGGGAUGCUGCAAACGCAAGCGCUGACAUCGGAGGGAAAAUAUUUGAUGAAACCGUCCGAGAACUACGAGCCCUCGUCAGUGAGGUUGUGGAUACUGAUCCGUCGGACGUCCUCCUUUUCUCCGGUACACACUAG